UCAGAUACAAAGCAAAAGCAGGCGAGCGAUUCAGAUACAAAGCAAACGCAAGCGAGAACGGUUCGUAGCGGACGACACAUUGAGAGUACGGAACAAAGAAAGGAAACGAAUAAAACGCCCCGCGAGAGAGACCAACGCGAAGCAGAGAGAGCGGAGAAAAAAGAAACCGAAGGAAGCAGAAAGAAACAGCCGUCCAGUGAGAGGCCAGAGCGAGCGAGAUAGCUGCAGUGGCGGAACAGCAGCAGGCAGUUAGUUGGCUGUCUACCUGAGUUCGUGUGCGCGCGAGUGUGUGUGAGUGAGUAAAUAGUCGGCAGAGUCGCGGCAGAGGUUGCUGUACAUAGCAGCGAGCGGCAGAAACAGAAACAGAAACAGCGUGGUCGCAGCUCGCAGUUGAAACGGACGUACGGUGCUCCACAAUAUCGCUACCAAAGUGCGCUCUAAAAUAUUUACAGUAACCAAGUGCACAAGUGUAAACGGCCUAAGUUUUCUAUAAAGCAAAAAUAAUUUAAAAUUAUAAAAAAAAAUUAAAAAAAUAUUAAUUAUCAAAUGCAACGGCAACUAUCGGUUGCAUGCUCGAAAUUUCCUUUGUGUCUCGUUCUUGUGUGACAAAUGCCGCAGCAACAGCGGCAGCAGCACUCACUCGGCCUUAUAUACCCGUCCAUAUAAACGGUUCGGUUCACUCUUGUUCGUGUGCGUGUGUGUUUGUGUGCGCGCAGAAAACAUAGAGCAAAGCGGAAUACACAAUAAAGGUGCUUACGAAAGCAGGGCGCCGAUGAGCGCAAAGUGUGAGUGUGUGUGUUCGUGUUUGUUUGUGGAGUAAAGAAAGAAGAGAAGUAAAAGAAAUGAAGCGCUGUGUUAAAGCUGAGCGUUAGCAUACACUGUGGAUUACAAACAAAUACCCUGCAAUUGGAUACAGUUCCCGUACCCCCCGCCUCACGAUGCCAAUUAAGUGGCUGGAUUAGCAGCAUACAACCAACCAAAAGAUUGACGCUUGUGCAACACACACGAGCGAAUACGAGGCAACGAGUAUUAUGAUUACGAUGACGCCAGAGUCGAAAGCGGCAACAACAACUGCAACUGCAACUACAACAAUGGCACACACACAAAAGCCAGCUCCAGCGCCAGCGCCAGCGGCGGCGCAAGCGGCAGCGGCAGCGGCGAAAGCAGCAGCCAAAAGCAGCGCUGUCAGCAAUAGCAGCAAAAAGCUGGCUUUGUCUCUGAAAGCGCCAACAACAACGACAACUGCAGCAACAGCCACAGCCACUGCCACUGCAACAAAUGUGACGUCGACAAGUGCUGAUAAAAUGCAAAUGCAAAUGAAGCAACGCCAGCAGAAGCAGCAGCAGCAGAAGCAACACCAACAGCAGCAGCAGCAGCAGCAGCAGCAGCAGCAGCAGCAACAACAGCAACAGCAGCAGCAACAGCAGCAGCAAGUUUUUGCUGUCAGCAGCAUUAAAGUAAAAAGUGAAAACACAUUAGCAGCAGUAACAGCAACAGCAACAGUUGCAACACCAACAACAACAACAACCAAUGCAACACCAGCAGCAACGCCAGCAGCAACGCCAGCAGCAACAGCAGCAGAAACAGUAGCAGCAGCAAAAAGCAUGUUAGAAAAGAACAUCAAGAAGGAAUCAACGCCACCAGCAACUACUCCUAAUGUCGUCGAAUCAGUCGAGGCCGCCUCCUCCUCCGCCUCAUGCUGCUCAUCGUCGGCCUGGUCGACGACAACGGCCACAUCAGAGGAUGCCAGCAGCAAUGGUGGCGCCUCCGCUGACGAGGAGGCAGCAGAUACUUCCGAUUUGGCAGCACCCGGGAACACCGAACUGGUAACAGCAACAACGCCACGACCAGUCCUGCUGACUGCCGUUAAUCCGCACAUCAUCUGUCACCUGUGCCAGGGCUACCUGAUCAAUGCCACGACAAUUGUCGAGUGUCUGCACUCCUUCUGCCACAGUUGCCUCAUUAAUCACCUGCGCAAGGAUCGCUUCUGUCCACGGUGCGAGAUGGUCAUCAACAACGCCAAGCCGAAUAUCAAAUCGGACACCACGCUCCAGGCGAUCGUCUACAAGCUCGUGCCGGGCCUCUACGAGCGGGAGCUGAUGCGGAAGCGGGCCUUCUACAAGGAUCGGCCGCAGGAGGCAGCCCUGGCCACGCCCGAGCAGCGGGGCGAUGAUACGGAGCACUUGAUAUUCGGCCCCACGGAUAACAUGUCCUUGUCCCUGGAAUACGCAGAGUUGGGUGAACUUAGCACCGAAUCAGAAGUGGAGUUCCUGCGUCCGAGGUACCUCCAGUGCCCGGCCAUGUGUCGGGUGAGCCACCUCAAGAAGUUCGUCUACGACAAGUUCGACAUCGACAUGCAGCGCUUCAGCAUCGACAUUAUGUACAAGGUGAAGACGAUCGUCCUGCUGGACUACUACACGCUCAUGGACAUUGCGUACAUCUACACGUGGAAGCGGGACGCGCCCAUGCGCUUCUACUUCAGGGUGUACGAGUCGCCGCAGCGACAUGUGAAGCCCCCGCCACGUCGCAUGCUCCCAGCUCCCCUGAAGGUGGUGAAGCAGGAGCCGACGCCGGCGCCAGAAGCGCCCAAGGUGGAGCAAACCUCGCCCACAGCAGCACCGGUAUCGCCGCCUGCCAGCAUAAAGCAGGAGCUGCAGGAGGAGAUCCGUGUGCCCAGUGAGCAGCCCCUCAAGCUGAUCAUCAACCGGAAUAUGCUGGAGAAGCGGGAGAAGAGCCACUCGCCGCAGUCCUCCAAGUCGAGCGCCAAGAGCAAUCAUCACACGCCCACCACUCCAUCCUCCUCUUCCUCCUCCUCCUCAUCCUGUCCAUCGCCCAGCGGGGAGCUCAAUAUCAAGCUGAAGAUCGAUCUGUCCAAGCACAACAGCGUGACCAUCAUCAACAUGUCCGACCCGGAGCGCAAGGAGAUCGUGAAGCCGCUGAAACCGGAGAAGGAGUCGCGCUCCAAGAACCGCAGCAAGGACAAGGACGGCAGCCCCAAGUCCUCGAGCAGCAGCAGCGAACGAAAGCGUAAGAGCCCCAGCCCGCUGACGGUGCCUCCGCUGACCAUACGCACCGAGCGCAUCCUCAGUCCCAGCGGUGUCAGCACCCUCAGUCCACGCUGCGUGGCCAGCAGCUCCUGCCACGAGGAUCCCAAGUCGGAGUUCCUCAAGUCCUUCGCCCUGACGCCCAUCAAGGUCAAGGUGGAGUCCCCGGAGAGGUCUCCCAGCGGCCACAGAGCGCCUACCCCUCCGAAAACGACUGCUUCUGGCUCUGGGUGCGCGUCCCACUCGCAUCACAGCGGCAGGUCCAAGGGCACCCUGGAGGACAGGGAGCUGAUGAGGCCGCCCGCCGGAAUGGCACCCAAGUCGAUUGCCUCUUCGAAGCGCAAGAGCAAGGAGCCCGUCAAGGCCGUCUCCAAGAAGCCGAAGCUCUCGCCGCCCCUGCCACGCGAGGACUUCAAGAUUCGUCUGCCCGCCACCAAUUCGCAUUCGCAUCCGCCGCCAGCUCCGACCACGCCGCCACCGUUUGUCGGCAGCUUGGAGAAGCUCAUGCCGCCACCGCCAAAGCCCCCGAUGCUGGCGUCACGCAAGCCCCAGCUCGCGGCACAAUUCGCCCCGCCUUCGCCCCACCACCCGGGCAUGCAGAUGGCGGCUCCGGGCAACCGCACGCCCAUCGCCAAGCGCUACCACCCCAUCCUGCCCAAGGCGGCGCGACCCAAUCCGUUCGCCAACAUUCCCAACGAUGUCAACCGUCUGCUGAAAGACGCCGGCACCGAGAUCAAGUCGAUUGGAGGCAGCACAAGCGCCUCCUCGGCCAAGUCGCAUGUGUACGGGCCCAAGGCUGACUCCAAGAUGGGACCACCGCCGCCACCGGCAGGCGCUGCAGCUACCCACGCAGCACGCCACACCAGCGGAGGCCAGGGCAAGACGGGAGGCAACAAUCAACCGCAACCCCAUCCGGCACCCAGCUCCAAUGGCAGCCAGAACAAGGCGGCCAACAACUACCUCAAUUUGGCCCUGUUCAAUGCCAGCAAGUCCAAGGGCCGGGAGGCCCCGCCCGGAUGCCGCACGCCCAUGUACACGCCCAACUCGCCCAUUUACUCACCCAGCUCGCCGCAGUACGUGCCCAACUACAACAUCCCCACGAUGCCCACCUACAAGUACACGCCCAAGCCAAGUCAGGCCACCGCCGGAGGCUACCUGCAGAGCAUGCUUGGUGGCGGUGGCGGUGCCAGCGGCAGCGGCGGGGGAUCGCUGUUCCCAUCACCGCCCACGAAGGCCGACCAGAACACCAAUCCGGCGGGAGCAGCUCCGUCCUCCGGCCAUGCCUUCCAGCGUGGGGCCAGUCCCAGCCACGAGGACGCGCCCGAGAAGCAACAGGUGAAGGUCAAGUCGCUGCUCAACUCGUGCAACAUCAACAUCCCCUCCUCGCUGUCGAUCACAAUCUCCAGGGACAACGGCGACUCCUCGUCGGCCAGCAACGGAUCGCAUCCGAAGCACAAGAGUCCCGUCAACAACUACAUCGAGAUCGUAAAACUGCCCGACCAGCCGCAGGACCAGGGACAGAAGUCCGCAGCCAGCGUCACGGAGGCCCAGAAACGUCAGUCGCCGCCAGCACCAGCACCCGGACGCACUCCACCCCCACAGCUACCGGCAGUCGCAGCACCUGCUCCAGCCGCCGCCGCCAUGCGGCUGACGCAGCCUCCGCCCUCCAAGGCCAUUCCCUCCCCGCAGCACCUGAUGUCGCGUAUGACGCCGCCACAGUUGCCGCAAACAGCCCCGCCACCCUCGUCGCCGUCCACCGCUCCCCGAGGGAUCACACCCCCCAAGAUAUCGCCCCCCGCCAGCGGCAAGGGCACGCCCCUGAAGACCGUGCUGACGCCCUCGCAGGCGGAUAGCAAGAAGACGCCCAGUCCGGAGAAGCGCAGUGCCGCCCAGAUGGGAAGCCACUCGCCAACCGCCAGCGAGAACAAGUCACCAAAGUUGGCAGGACAGUCGGCACCAGGAUCAGCCACUCCCAACGGAGAUCCGGCGGCCAAGAAGUUCCGACCCAUUCUGCCCCGCCAGAACGCCCAGAUCCCAGACAUGGCCGCCAAGCUGCCCAGCCUGGCGCCCGCCUUCAACUUCAGCCAGCCCCAAAGCCAGGUCCAGACCGGCGCCAAGAAGGUGCCUACCAGCAAGAAGUCCCCCAACGGAGGAGCAGCAGUCUUUCUGCCGCCCCCCCCGAAGAUUCCCAACGGCAGUCACCCGGCGCAGAAGCCGAGUCCUCCGCUGAAGAGCCAACAGACGGGUGGCAAGAAGGCAAACAAGAAUCCCACACCGCCCCCGUCCUCCUCCGCCGCUUUGGGGGGUGGAGUCCAAGGGAAUAUGGGAAAACUUAUGCCUCAUCCCGGUUUGCCGGGAUUAAACGCCCCGCUGAGCAUCGCCUCCAGUGCCGCGGCCGCUGCCGGUCAAAUGGAUCUGAACAACUUCAUCAAGGAGAACCUGAUCAGGGCUCAGGUGGCCCAGGCAGCACAGGCCGCCCAGGCUGCCCAAGCGGCCGCCAAUCAGUCGAAUAUACUGUACAACUUUGCCCAGAUCGGGCACAUGUCCCCGGCGAUGUACAACUACCAGCAGGCGGUUUUCAUGGAACAACUCACGCGGAUGCAGCGGGCGGGCAACGAGGCGUUCAACGACUACCUUCAGAAGCUGAAGAAUGCGGCCAAUGGCCAGGCAGGCGAUGGGGACCACAAGCCGAUCAUGCCCAUGCUGCCCACCGUCAACCUGCCCAGCCCCUCCUCGGCUGCAUCGGCAGCCAGCCCCAAGACCUCAGCCCUGCCCAACGGAAAGCUGACUGCAGCGGCUACAGCCCCUUCCAGCCACACGCCAUCAUCGCUAGCCAAGGCCGGCAGUGGGGCUAGUCCACGUCAGCAGACGACGGCCACCCCCGCCGCACCCCUCGCGGCUGCCACCAAGAGCAAGUGAACAGCAGCCGCCACCCGUCCAUGCCACUCGUUUCCGUUGAGGCGGAAGCUGAAGGGAGUCCGAGUCUGCAUCCGGAGCGAGGUGUGAGAUGGCCAUCAUUAAAGGAGAGGCAACAUCAGAAGCACCAGCAGUAGCAGCAGUGGCUCCUGGAUAGCUGUAAUUAAUAUUUAAAGACUUUGUUUUUAGUUGUACGCCACCCCGUUCUCCAGUCAGAACCAGUACCAGAACCAGAACCAAUUCCCCGCCCUAAUUAUUGUUAGAAGCAACCACCAUGCCACCCCAGAGCGGGGUAGCUGGCUCAUGCCACAUCCAUCCGAGCCCCUAGGCUAUAGACCUAUGUAUGUAAAUAUUGAUAAUUUUAUCAUCUAACAGAUGUAUACAGAAAAAAAGACACCGAUUCAGAAUCGAUUUAUGCAGAUGCGAUAAUCAUAUAAAUAUAUAUUUAACUGCUGCGGCAAAAGUUGAGCUAAUCCUAAGUGUAAAUACCAUCCAUUAAAUACGAUUUUAUAUAAUCUUUUUUACUCAAAAACUAAGCAGAAAAAUAAAAAUCUAAUUUAUACCA